GGUUAUCAGCGCGGAGAGCGACCGAAGCCGGUCCCCCUGCGGUCCGAAUGGGGCGCCGCGACCUUGGCUAAACUGCACGCCAUGAAUGAAAUUCCAGGUUUUUCGAUCGCAUCGACCUCAAGUAUUUCCUAGCCCCGCUGAAAUGACAGCCUUUGUGAUUCACAGACCCGAUGAAUACAGCGGACUCUCUUGACGUCAGAAGUGAGAAUGAGCGCCGCGUCCAAUUGGGCUAGAACAGGACUGGGAAGCUGGUACUGGAGAAACUGAGAUCGUCGCUGGAGAUGCAUGUAAACGGAGGAAUAAUACGCUGAACGCUACGGACUCCCCCAAAACUGCACCGAAAAAUAUCAGGAACUGGUAAAUUUUUUUUCAACGUCCCUUUCUUAGACCCCCGCCCCGUCUGUACCGCCAGUUUCUGCUUCUCCGUCUGCCUGUCACGGAAUGCUCUGAGAAUAAACGUAAAAAGGCACCAUCUCAUCGGCGAUUAUGGAAAUAAGAGAGUGCAUGGGAUGAAACGCACGGCAAGUCCGCUAUGAUUCACUCACUUGCCGCAGCAAUGAGCAACCAAGUCCAAAACAACUCUUUGCUGAACUCGUUAACCUGGAAUUUUUUGGAUGGGAGGAACUCGUCGCCGGUGAGGAGCUCCGACGUGCGCCCGGUGCCCGUGAACCCGUGGGACAUCGCGCUCUGUGUGACGGGGACAAUCAUCUCUUGUGAAAACGCAAUAGUGAUCGCCAUCAUUUUUUACACGCCCACCCUCAGGGCACCCGCCUUCAUCCUGAUAGGAAGCCUCGCCUUCGCGGAUCUGCUGGCGGGACUAGGACUCAUACUCAAUUUUAUUUUCACGUAUAUGCUGAACACGAAAUUCGUAACCCUGAUUUCCGCUGGACUGCUGAUCGCCGCCUUUUCCGCCUCGGUGCUGAACAUCCUUGCGAUCACGGUGGACAGGUACCUCUCCUUAUACAACGCGCUCACCUACCAUACGGAGAGGACAGUGACUUUCACUUAUGUCGUUCUUGUCCUCAUUUGGUCGAUCUGCAUCGCGCUGGGUUUACUGCCCGCUUUAGGAUGGAACUGCUUGAAAGACGAGUCCUCCUGCAGCAUCUGCCGCCCGGUGACGAAAAACAACGCCGCCCUGCUGGCGGUGUCCUUCCUGCUAAUCUUCGCGUUAAUGAUGCAGCUUUACCUGCAGAUCUGUAAGAUCGCCUUCAGGCACGCACAGCAGAUCGCGGUGCAGCACCAAUUCAUGGCCACCUCCCACGCCUCCUCCACCACUAAAGGUGUAUCCACGCUCUCCAUCAUUUUGGGCACAUUUGCGCUCUGCUGGAUCCCAUUCGCCAUGUAUUCCCUGGUGGCCGACUCAAGAUACCCGAUGAUCUACACAUACGCCACAGUUCUGCCGGCCACUUGUAAUUCAGUCAUAAACCCCAUCAUUUACGCUUUCAGGAACCCUGACAUUCAGAAAUCUCUGUGGCUUGCCUGCUGUGGAUGCGUCCCCUCUAACUUUUCUUUGCGGCCACGGGCGUCAAGUGAUGUAUAGUAGUUGAUAUUUUACACUCUUUUCUAGUGUUAUUUUCAUAACUCCGCAAAUCCGUUAAAACCUCCUCAUGAGUUCAGAUGAUACAAACUAUGCAUUGACAUAUUGCAUUUACCUAGCUACUGUGCGGUAUUGCAUUGCGCGCAUAUCUCCGCGGCAUGUCAGGGCGUUCUAUGUACCUAAGCCUGCCCCGUCUAGAAGCCCGACAUGGAUUUGGGCGAUGCUUUAAAACUAGUACCACUUAGCAUCAGUGUAUGUAAAACGAGGAAACGCAUCGACGAUGGCGGUAGAGAAAUGCAGCUCGGUUUGCGCCUCGUUCUCGGCAAUGUGGAGCUUCAGUUUUGUUAACCCCAUUAAAACAGGCUAUUUGCGCAUCCAUGUUUCAUGCCAAAGAAGCGAGUCCCGGCUUUUCAUUUUCUGGCUUUCGGGGCUAUUGAGCAGCCGAAGUAAACGAUUCCCAUAUUAAAACAUUUAAUUUAUCAUUAAACCUUUUCAAAUUGCAAAUGUUAUCGCCCACGUUUACGUAUCAAAGACAAUACUGCCUGUGUCCACACCAUAUAACUGAUGCAUAGCAAAGCAUUUGGACGCAGGGUUUAGCGUGGUCACUUUGUGCUGGUAAAUAAAGCAGUUUUUCCGCCGAGUCAUUUCAGCACCGCGGACAGAGACUUGCGCCCGUAAAAGUCACAGGCAUGCUUGGGCAAUUUAGGAUUUUCAUUCGCCGCAAAUAAUACAUAACAAUUGGCCUACUGCAAUAUGUAGACCGAUUAAGGCUUUUGGGCAUCAUGUAUGUGCGUCAUUUUCCUGGUGACCGCGUUAUUCUCGUAGGCAUUUGCGUCGAAGUCACAUAAAACCGCUUAGUGGGGACCCCUUUCAUACCCGGUGUGGCGAUCGACAAUCAUUCACGUGUAAGAUAUCCCAUUACAGAUUCUCCGAUCGGGAAUUAGGGCAGGAUUAUUGGUUUUCCUAGGAAUAAAGAAACGGUAAAUGCGGUUUUAAAUAUGCGUUUAAUCAGGCGUGACUCUUGGUUUCUAAACGCAAAUUCCCUCCAUCCAGCAUCUCAUUCCUAGUCGGUUUGGAUUUUGAUCUUGGUACUAUAUAUAUAGUAAGCAUUUAUUUUCACACCAGGAGCGUUUUAGGAGGAUCAAGCAAUAUACGUAUAAUACAGCAAACUCUGCGUCUGUGCCUGGGAGAGACAAAUAUCGCGUCAAUUAACUGAAUCUUUCAGUCGCAGUUUAAAUCAGUAUUCUGCAAAAAAAACACAGGCGAAAGUAACGAAAAUGAAGUGAAAUGUAAAAUUUCGAAAUUUCACGCAAAGCGUUUUUUUGGGAAUUAUACUUCCUAAUACAACGAAUAUGUCCCUUGACAUUAUGAAUUAAUGUAUUGUUUCGCUGUUUUGCCAGUGCAGUACUUAUUGGUAUAGACGCGUUGACAAAGAAGUUGAUAACGUCAUCCUUCUACCUGUACCUGGUGGAACUGUGCUCUGUUCAAUUGUAAAAUGUAAGAGAAAUAAAAAAAAAGAAAAACAUUGGCCUGGUUGCACAAAUGAUAAGGAAUAUAGCCUAUAGAAUAUAGAAAUCUUAAAUGUCACAGCCUAGCAAGGUUUGUCAUUAAUUCAGCAUUUUCAUUGUUUUUUGUACGAGGGCGCCAUUUUUGAGUGUGAUUAUUGUUGAUUUUACGAAAAAAUUAAAUAACAUGGAUAAGCAUUGUGGCUAACAGAAAACAUGUUUGUAUACCUGUGAACAUUUAAAGGUGGUAUUUUACAAUACUUUUAAAUUUUUUAAUUUUGAAAGGGAAAUUUAUAACGAGUAUGCACGUGGUUAGUUGGCGUUUCAUCCGAAUACAGUCCUUUAGUAUAACGUAAUAAUAAUUAUAAGUAUUAUUAUUAUUAUUAUUAUUAUUAUUAUUAUUAUUAUUAUUAUUAUAAGAGUCGAUAUAGACUCUUGGCGCCCAUGUAUGGACGCCAGUCCUGAAUGGUCCUGUCUUCUGUCUGGACCUUCAAGUACCAACACUUAUUGUAUUGCCUUCAAACUUGAUAUGUAUGUAAAAUGUUCUUAGGUGUCAUGCAAUAAUUUAGUAAUAUAUAAUUGUGAGGAUGGUAAAACAUAUCCGAGUCUGGUAAUGAAAAUAACACAUGGCUAUUUAAUGUGGAUCAUAUACAUUAAAUAGUAGCACAAAGAUGGUUAAAUGUACUACAAAGAAUAUAUCCUAGUAGGUCAGGAUGUUAUAUCCUUUAGCAAAUACGUGAUCAGAUCCUACAGAUUUAUUGCAGCUUUGAUAUUACCAUGUUCACCUUUACAGAUGCGAAAUGAUUAAACGAUAGUUGUAAUUUGCAACAUAGUUUAACACAAAAGGAGGAAAUCAAAUGUUCAAAUGUAUUUAUUUUUUAAAGAAAUGUAUCAGAUGACUAACCACUUAAAAUAGAACAAAUGACAACGGGGGAGCAGGGAGGGGGUGGGGGAAAGGUUAAGGCCGAUGGGAUUGUGAAUGCUAGUUAUAGAUUUAGUUUGGAGAUGUUGGGGUGACACCGCUGUGUGAACACGUAGCCCCUCGUCUAGCUCCAGAAAAGCGAAGCAAGCAGGCUAACUGCAUGAGCGAAUCGCUCCUGUGCUUCUUUGCUCAUCGCUUAGCCGGCCGGCCGGCUGGCUUAUAUUCGGCAGUGACCAUCAAUAACCUAUGUAGUGACCGUGUUUGCUUUGGCUGUGUAAAUAUGCAUAUGGAUUAUUAGUCUGCAGCUUUAAAUUA